GGAGUUCUAUAGCCUUGCGACAAACGACAGUCGCGUUGUAUUAUAUUCGGAAGGAACAAGGAAGUCGGAGUGGUGCCACAAAUUUUAAACUUAGUCUUAAAAGCAUAAGAGCAAAGUUGUAGUUGCUAACAGUCAUGGAUUUCUCUGACUCUGGAGACAGAGAGAGAGUGAUGGUGGUGAACGCCGACAUGGAGUCCGCCGACAGCGAUCGCAGGCCCCUGCUGGCGCCCGCCGGCGCCGCCCCGCCCGUCGUCAAGACCUACAAGCGACGCUGGUACAUCCUGGCCGUCUACUCGGCGCUCGGAUUCAUGCAGUGCGCCAUCUGGAACACAUGGGGACCGAUCACGGAAGCAGCACUGGUGGCGUUCCCCGGCUGGGGAGAGCUCACCAUCUCCAGUCUCACCAACGUGGCUCUUAUCGCCUUCAUUGUCUUCAUGGCGCCCUAUUGCUGGCUACUCGACAAAAAAGGAGUCCGUCCGGCCGUGGUUCUGAUGGCCGCGUGUCUGGCAGUGGGCACCGCCCUGCGCUGUAUCACUCUACAGCAGCCCUUCUUCAACAUUUUCGCGUUCGUGGCCUCCGUGCUGACGGGCGUGGCCGGCAUUAUGGCGAUGGCGGCACCGCCGUAUAUCUCGGCCAUGUGGUUCGCGCCUCACCAGCGCACCACAGCCACCGGAGUACCGAACGUGCUGAACCAGCUGGGGAUGAGCGGCAGCUUCUUGCUGGGCCCGCUGGUCGUGGCGCAGCCGAGCAAGAACCCGCCGCCCGGCCCGCCCAGCAACACGACGGGAAACGUCACAGGCGUGGCGACCGCGCUGGCGGCCAACCUGGCCGGCGCGGCCGAGUCACUGCUGGACGAGUCGGCCCGCUGGAUCGGCGUGGUGUCGUCCAACGUCACAAACGGCACGCACCCGACGCCGGCCGAGCUGCGCUCCGACAUCAUGGACCUCAUGUACAUCGACGCCGGUAUCUGCCUGGUGUUGUUCGUCAUGACUUUGGCGUACUUUCCGUCCCGCCCGCCGCUGCCGCCGUCCAUUUCUGCUUCCACCAACACCGUCACCUUCCGAGAGGGACUCGGCAUGGCCUUCAGACACCCGGACCUCAUCUGUAUCGUGCUGGCGUACAGCCUGUCCCAGGGCGUGAUGGGCGCCUGGUUCGGCAUUCUGGACAUCAACGUGCGCCCUCUGGGUGUCACUGAGAACGAGGCGAGCAUGAUGGGUAUGUGGGCGGGCAUCUGCUGCUGCGCGUUCGCGCUGGUGGUGGCGCGCCUCACGGACAUGUUCCGCGGGCACAUCAAGGCCACCAUCAUCGGCCUACUGGUGGUCGGCCUGGCCCACUGGUGCUGGUUACUGGCGAUCGUGGCCGGCUGGGCACCCUUCUCCAACGUGCACCUGUUUUGCGCGGUGCUGGUGGCCAUCUGCUGCACGUACGCCGCCUCCCCGCUCCUCUUCGAAUACGCCUCUGAGGUCAGCUACCCCAUCCCCGAGGACGUCGUCGGAGCCACCAUGAGCUUCACAUUCAACCUGGUCGGCAUGCUCUACCUGCUGUUCUUCCUCAACAAACGACUUGCCGAGCAGACAGUGUGGCUCAACUACUGCCUGGUGGUGGCCACGGCCAUACCCAUCGUGCUGAUGUUGCGCACCAAAUCAGUCUACCGGCGCUCGGCAGUUGACGACGCCUCGGUUACGGCGGCCAUCACCGAGUCCGUCUCCGGCUACCAGCCGCUCUGAUGAAGGCGACGACUGGCCUAGUGUUAGGUGAGAGUAGGGGCCUCUCAGGACGAUGCGAGAGGGAGGGACGCCGCCUGUCUCCAGACACAGUCGGCCCUGACUGUCGCAGGGCUGGGACACCCCAGGGAGACAUCUGUGUCAGAGUUAGGACACCUCGAGGAGACAGCGCCACCCGGCGGGUUGGAUAGCAGCGACACCACUCUGCGGUGUGCCUUUGUGACGGGAUGGUGUCGUCGCGACUGCUCUGAGACCGGCGAGGCGACGGGACGGUGUGCCGGCGAAAUGGCUCUGCCGUCGGCGUCGGCUGCGGACGGGGAAGUGUUCAGGCCGGCUGGGUUGGUAUCGGUGCCCGCUCGCGAGCUGUUAUGGUGCCGGCUUUGAUGGGAAGCAGCCACCCACUUAGAGAAGAGCUCGGUUGAUCUGAGAAAAGCGUCACGGAAAGCUAGACUCAGAGACAGGACAUCUUGCCACCUGUUCGAAGUGCUCAAUCGGAUCACUGCAGGGAGCCAUUGGUGCGCCGAGGCUGACUAGAUUUGACGCACCCUGAUAUCAGCAAGUCAAUCUUACUCGAUCGUGCGCUAUCAUGCCGUGCCUUCAGCGUCUUCUAAAAGUGUUUGAUCUUUUUUCUCCCAAUCGCUGCCCAUGACAUAUAUGCUGCCUCAUUGAAUAGGCUGAGUGAGUGAGGACCUUUGAAGUACCAUGCAUUACCUCAAAGAUACUGUCGAUUCAGCAGGUGAUGCGCCCCUGGGUACCCUGCUUGACAACCAAGUACGGAGAGCUACAGUGUGCGCAGUGUAUGUGUGUGAGAAAGUGAGGGAGAGGGAGAAGCUGAGCUCCCUGCACACUGAAAGCGGAUGAACUGGCCUGCAUGAGUGACAAUCGUGGCCGAUUCGGGACGGCGAUGCUCGGUACUGGCGGUCUGCCGCGUGCUGUGCUCGUGAGUGGCUUCUGGUAUGCUGUGCUCGCCAGUGUAUAUGUGCUGUGCCCUGGUCUGUGGCCUGCGUGCUCGGGCGUCUUUCAAACGCUAUCUAGUCCGUGCGGCAGUACCUGAUGUGGUCGGCACGGUGUGGACAGAGCUCCCCGAGCCGGGCUGUAGAUAACAGCCGUGUGAACGUGACUUUAGGGCAGGGAUAGUGUGGUGUUUAGUGACAAUAUUCCAGUGUGUCUUUGUCCGAUGCUGGUUAUUUGACAUCGGUGGGGUGUGGUUAUACUACCCGGUUUAUUUUUAGGACAAGGUUUAGUAGUUCUACAUAUAGUUUGCCAGUUGGAAGAUGGUAGCUCUGCGAAAAAUGCAGAUGUGUGUUGCCAUUUUGUAAGUGAAUGUGAAUCAUGUCGCAAAGCUCGUAUUUUAGAUAAAUUGUAGAAAUCAACGAGCUCAAAGUUUAUGUCGUACAACCUGAUUAAAUAAUGUGUGACGCUCGCCGAGAGACCCAGCUGGCGAGUUUCGAAGCAGUCUGGCUACAACCGGUGACCGCUGGUGCUUCUGUGUUACUAUGGUACACUGUGUUAUGAAAUGCGCGCACUCAUUUUACUCUGGUGCGCCACGGACAAUGCGACUAGCUCGACCCGUACAUAUUUUAGCGUGUGUUCAUCUAUCUCAGAGCGUGUGUGACGUGCGGAUGCUGAAAUGAUAUUUAAACCCCAUUUUAUUCAGUGCGCGAUUGGCUGGUGAAUCAAGUCCAGGUGUCAACCACCUGUCUAUUACCUGGUGGUGGUAUGUACAUCGGGUCCAAAUUCUUUUAAGAUCUUAUGAUAGAUAUUUAUAAUAAAAAACCCCUAACAGACCUUCAGAGUGUCUGUUCAGACAAAAGCUAAGUAAAUAUGCAUUUGGUAUGACAGUAUGGCGCCUUCAAAUGUGAGUGCAAUCAGCGGUUAAAGGGACAGUAUCACCAUUUUGAUGAAAUUUGACAUUGCAUAGGCCCCACCUUUCUGGUCCGGGAACUGAAGACCGAUCCUCGAAGCUCCACACCGUUAUCCCGCUAUCGCCGCUCAAAGUACGAAAGGUGUACCACACUUUGAAUCGUGCUUCACUAUCUUCACUGUUUAAAUGUUUGCGCCGUUUUGAAUUGACCGCCAGUAAUAAAACUUUUACCCUGGUCAUUUCAUCAAAUUUUAUAAAGCCAAAACGUUUUUCGCACUUAUUCAUCACCGUUAAAUUCAUUAAAUAGUCGUAGGCAAUUUCCGCUGUUUCCUUCGGAUUCUAGCGGCUCAACAAAGGAAUUCCUCCAGCUUGAAUCACAAUCUCCCUCCAAUGUAUGACGUUUAUCACGUGAUUGUCACGUGAUAUUUUCUCCCAUUGUCAAUUGUCACGUCCAAUUGUCACUCCCUCCAAUUGUCACGUUAUAUUUUUAUAGGCAAUACCUAAGGCUACCUCUCCCUAAGGACAACUCAAUCAGAAGAACGACCGCGUAAGCGUAGCGUCAAUAAUGUAUUAUCUGCGCCAGUUCUGUAGUAAUUUUGCAUGCUUCCAAACUGGCGGCCAUGCUUGUAUAGUGGUGGUUCGCUCAUGAAAAUGAAUCAUGAAAAUGAAAUGUGGUUGCAAUAUUUUUCACCGAGUUCGGUCCUCAAACUAUGUUUUUCUGAUUCAGAAAAAUAAGAAAUGCUAGUAAAAAAAAAAUCAGCUCCAUACAUGGACUUUUUUUUCGAUGAUACUGUCCCUUUAAGCUCGUGUAUCGGCGGGUGAGAUCUGAACAUCAAUUCAAAAGCGGACAAUCUUGUCGACCAUCUCUGAACGUCACCCGAUGUGCUGCCACCAGGGCGGGAGGUUUGUUCACACUGGCCGUGUUGACCCACCGUUUUCGUGUCCGCGCCCGCGGUGUCGGCUCCUACCGUCCAGCCUCUGACCGGCAGAGACCGGCCGCUGGGUCGGCACCGGACGGCUGUUGGGAUCGCCGGGCUGCUGUGACUCAUAACUGACCGUCAAUACACACUACACGGAAAUAGC